GUCUUAUCUUUGGUGAACGUAAACAGCAAAAUAUGGAAGUUUGGGUGCGUUGAUCUUGUUGCUUGUGUUGUUUAAUAUUUUGCUACAGAUAUUUUGUAAACAAAUCUGGUAUUUAAAGUUUAAUUGUUUGUUUGUAUUAAAUAAAAUAAAUAAUAUUUAUGCUGUUAUGGCGAAGUUGGUUGAUGUAUUUCAACAUGAAAAACAGGUUACAAUUGGCCGAAGACAACUGCCUGUGCUCAUUGACGAAACUUUAACGAUGGUGAUGGAUCUGACCCACAUGGGGCUGAUGUGUGACAACCCCACUGUGAGGGGAAAGGAACUAGAGAAUUUCCAAUGCAAGUUCACCGUGCUGAGUCCAGAGGAGCUGGAGAGUGCGUUCAUGGUUACAUUCCCGGAUCUGAUGCACGUUCUGAGUCAGACAGUGCCUUGUGUUGGCUGCCGGCGAAGUGUGGAGCGCUUACUGGAGCAGUUGGCAAAGUCCGGCCACCCCACGCUCGACCCGCUGGUGGUGUCAUGUGAUGGAGUUGUAUCCAUAAAUGCUGAACAUCUUCGGAACCCCCAGUUAAUGUGCACUUUACUCCAUAAUCAUAGUGAGAACCUCAGCCGGCUGGUGGAGAGCCAGCCACGCUCCAAGAAGAGUAGACGAUGCCUGCUGCAUACUCUGGAUUCCCAGCGGUCACGCCCGUCCGGGGACUGGCGUGACCUGUGGGACUGCAUGGCUGUCGGCUGUCGAGAGGAGGUGCUGAUCAUUGAGUCUGCCACGCUGCUCAAUCGUCUCAAUGACUAUCUGCGCAAACACAGAUUCUGUGGAGAGUGUCGUACCAAGGUGAUGCGUGCCUACACUCUGCUGACAGAAGAGCCAGAGCCAACCCGUGAGAAAGGGUAUGUGCCUGGACUGUAUCAAGGCAUCCGCCGGUGCCUCCAUGAGAAACACCUUCAUGUGCAGAGGGAGACUGAAUACAUUGAUGACCUUAUAACUCGAGCUGAACCUGAACUAAUGGGCAGCAGGCGUGAACGGCAUGCCAAAACAAUGGAAACUGCCCAGGAGGAGGUGCUGACGUGUCUUGGACUGUGUGUGUACGAACGCUUGCACAAGAUUAACAAUCGUCUGCGAGAAGAACAGUCUACCUGCAUGAUGUUGGCAGCUGUUGCAGUUGAAGCUAUAGCCCGUGCUUUCCAAGUGAAAGUCGACUUAACUCGAGGAGUUUCACAGUUUGAGCUUGUUUGUGAUGAGAUGUGCAAAGAAGAGAUAGCCAAGCUGCAGAGGAAAGAAUACAAGAAGCAGAGGAGGAGGAGAAGAAGAGAGAAGAGAGUUUUGGAAGAACAGGAUGUGAAGGAGAAUAGUUGUGAGCUGCAGUUUCUUGACAGGAAAGCAAACAGAACAAUUCUUUGUAACUGCAAAGAUUGCUUGCAGCGCACUGAGAAUGGAAGCUCUUCGAAGAGGUGGGUGGGUACCUUAGAGGAGAAGCAAGAUACAAAGCCACUUUGUGGGGAAGAAAAGAGGUCAGACAGUGGUGUGAACCUAGUUGAGGACAGGGACUACGGUCAUGCUGACGGCUGUACCGACCUUUCCAUUGAGUCACUGUCCGCGAUAUGCUGUACGUGCGACGACGACCAGGAGACUGUGCUGAAGGCUGAUUGUCUAGAAGGGAAGAAGAAGAGUGGUAGCUGGUGUUCAAGCGAUCAGUCACAUGACUGUGGCUACUCCUCGGAAAACACUACUGGUAGCUGUGCCACGCAAUCUGAGCUGUCCAGUUUAGCAAGCUCCAGAGAGGGCUCAGAGGUUGGAUGUUCUGAUGGCUUCUGCAAUCAUGAAGGAGAUAACAUCAGUGAGUGCCAUUUUUCACAUUCAUCUUCAGAUGGAAGGCUGAAAAUCACUUGCAAAUCACAAAUGCUUUCAUUGCAAGAGAUGCUUGAGGAGUCUUUCUCGAGUGACAACGGUGAGGAAGGGUGCAUACCCGUGGAAGAAGUGCGUGCGUUCAAAGCUAAGAUGUGUCACGUGACAGAGCAGCGCUUGAAGCUGCGGCAGCAACUGCGCAAGCGUUUUGAUCAGCUGUGCUCGGGCAAACUGCCCGUGCCGGUGCACCGCCUGACAACGCCUUGCGUCUCUCACUAGCGGAUGUUUCGUUACCACGUGCUGGUGUUUGCUUGCUACCGUCAUGUCUCUAUAGUGGGUCCUCUCUUUCUCCACGUCUACCCUAACUGGUGCUAUUCGUCUUAUUUAUCUUUCGUGUUACUUCACUUAUAAUACAUUCCCAAAAUUUUGAGUAGUUACUUAUGUUGCGUUUGUUUAGGGGGUUGGUGUCUGUUGGAUUUCCUUGCAUACAUUCCCAAAAUAAUGAUAGCCUUAUGUGGCCUUCAUUAAGGUGGGUGGUAUUUUUUUUUCUCCUCACUGUGUCAUGUACAUCUCGUGUAGUUUUUUAUUUGCUGUGUUAUGGAUAACUUGUAUGAGUGUUAUCUGAAGGUCUGUUUUUUACUUCUACCUGAGGAAGUGUUAAACUCAUUGUAAAGCUAUAAGUUGAUAAUUUUUUUAUACUUUUUUGAAAACAAAUUUCAUUACAGCCUUAGAAUGAGCAUGUUGUAUUAUACCUUAAGUAAAGAUUGUGCUCUUGUACUUUAUCCAUUUUAAGGUGGCAGCUUGUAUGCCUUCCUUUUUUUGUGUGCUCGGAAGGAAUUGGCUGUGUGGCUGGCCACAGUACAUGCAUUGUAAGCAGUCAAAAAUUUUAUCAUUUCAUGAUUAAAAAUUUAUCAGGACAAAAAAAGCAUUAUAACAAAUUAAAAGAACAAGUAAAGAGUAAUGAAGGAUUACGAUGGUUUAAAAAAAGAUGUAAACAGCUUCUUUAAAUUUUUUGAAGAUUAUAAUUUUUCUAGAAAAUUCGUUAAAUUAAAAUUAGCGUUGGCCUACAAAAUAACCAUGUAAUAAUGCAUGAAGUGCACAUAAAGCGGAAUCAUGACAAAUAUUGUGAAAGCUAGAGAAUUCAAGGGGUUAAAAUUACUUUUUCCAUGAAACUAACACUUCAGGUGUGUCUGUUUCACCAAAAGCCUGGUUUUUGGUGCAAAGUCAAUGGACUUAAAAAACUAAUAUUAAAUAAUCUGAGUACACACAUUUAUUAUGCUGAAUGAAAAUUGUUUGAAAGUUCUAUGUUUGCAUCUGUCGGUGCAGUGCCAGCCAUUUGAAUGGUUUAUUGCAAAUUGAAUAUUUAUUCACAGUGUUAAUGAAAUUAAAUUAAACUGCAAUCAAGUAUACUCAUCCAUGCUUCUAGGGUAUUUUAGUAAGCACUAAACAAAUGUUAUAAAAAUGAAAAA